GCGUCCUUGCUGCGUUAUACUUCUUCCUCUUCGGUCUUGAUCUCAUGGGUGGCUCGUUCGCUGCACUUGGCGGCAAGGGUGCUGCGCAGCUCUUCACGUUCACUGACAAUCCUAUCUCAGGCUUGAUGGUGGGUGUUCUGGCCACAGUUCUGGUGCAGUCUUCAUCCACGAGCACCAGCAUUGUGGUGGGCCUGGUCGGUGCCGAAGUGGUGAGCGUGAAGCAAGCGAUUCCAAUUGUCAUGGGUGCAAAUAUUGGGACAUCCGUCACAAACACCAUCGUGUCCAUGGGUCACGUGGGUGACCGUUCGGAGCUUGAGCGUGCCUUCUCUGGUGCUACCGUGCAUGACAUGUUCAACAUGUUCAGCGUGCUGGUGCUAUUGCCGCUGGAGGUGGCCAUCGGCGCCGUGACCGGAGGAGGCCUGCUAUUCUGGAUCUCCAAGAGCCUGACUGAAGCAAUUUCCGGAAGCGCCAACUCCCAGCUGACGUUCAAAUCACCGAUCAAAAUCGUUGUGAGCGAUCUGACUAAAAUCUUCUUGAAGAAAGACAAGGACGUGAUCAAGGCAUUGUCCUUCGGUGCCCCGGCCGCCGACGUUACUAGCAACGGUACUUAUUAUUGCGUGUCCGAGAAGGUGUGCAAGGUCUGGCGAAAGGUGGCCAAAAGGUCCUGCGAAGCGUUGACGCCCUGUGCCUUUGCCAGCACCUGCCCCUCCAGAUGCUACACGGACGCGGGCAGCUUCUACGCGGAGGAGAUUGAACGCGCUCGGACGAUUAAAGGGGGCUUCCUGAAGGGUGCCGGUGACGUAGCUGGUGGCAUGAUUGGGCUUGCCCUAUCACUGGUGAUCUUGUGCAUUGCUCUCGGUGCCAUGGUGAGACUUCUACACAGUCUCGUCAUGGGCCAAGCAAAGAGGGCAACCGUGAAAGGUGCCAGCAUGAACAAUUACGUUGCCAUGUUGAUCGGCGUGGGUCUCACAAUCAUCGUUCCUUACCGGUUGGGUGAACCAGGUGGAAGACAGUGCUCUGGGCAAGGGCGUCAGCCUACUGACUACAUUUACACCAUUCACAAGCUCAUGCAUCUGGAGAGGGAGUGGCGGCUGGGCUUGAGGUGGUUAAAACUUGAUAUCAGUAAGGCCUUCGAUCGGGUGUCGAGAGGGAGACUUAUGCGAAUGCUGGAAGAGAAGAUUGGUCACAACAGGCUCAGCAAGGCGUGGUACGAAAUGUUGAAGCCCACGCGAUCUCACCUCCAAACCUGUUGGGGCGCGACUACGUUUGAGAUGAGAACAGGGAUCCGUCAAGGUGCAGUUGAGUCGCCCAUGUUUUUCGGGAUGUUGGCUGAGCUUUGCGUACAAACCGCAUCUGAGAAGUAUGGGUGGGCUCCAGAAUGCCCUGGGGCAGGCAACCUCCCACUCAGGGAUAUUCUUUACAUGGACGACGCAGUGAUGUGGGACGUACAGGCGGAGGAAUUGGCAACCAGGGUGGAGCAGUUGGCAAGGGAACUCAAGGAAUGGGGACUGGAGAUUAACUUGGCGAAGUGUCAAUACUAUAGUAGCCCGUAUGCAACUGGAAACAAGGAACUGAUGGUGAUGGGCCAGACGAUGCACUCAGAUAAGCACCUUGAUGUCAUGGGUACAGAGGUGGAGCACAAGAUGGCUACAAAAAGUAUGGCGCUAUUCAGAUUGCUGUGUUUGGCGGAGAUUGUCCAGUGUGGGACAGUAGCAGUGCCCAUCUCGACCUUCAGAGUAAUGAUGCUGGCGGCAUGGCAUGUGCUGUGCAGCCUCUAUGUAUGGCGUGAAAUUUUGGUGCCGGCUCCCUUGGCAAGUGCGGGGCUGGAGGCUCCUUGCACAGCGGAGGUGAAUACAGCCAAGUCGGCAAGUGGUAAGACCUGGCAAGACUUCUUGGGCGGCUACGGGGUCAGCAAUUUGCGCCCUGGAUGUGGUGAUCCCCUUUAUCAAUCACUGGAAGGCCGUGAAAGACAGGCCAUGGCGGAGGACAGGCCAUCAAGUGUUGGCAGCUGUGAUGGUUACCCUGAACAAAAAGAAGGAGACGCAAGUGUGUUCAUGGAAGAAGCCCGCCAGCCGGGCUUCCUGGAAGAUGACCGGCUGGACACCUUCAUCAACGAACUAGUGGACCGAGUGAGGCAGCUGAGGGCCACGGAUGUGCGAGUGGCGAGGGACCUGGCGGUGGUGGUGGGUACGCAUAUCCGGAUGCUGCCUAUCCAGGAAGCUUGGUUUGCGGCCAUGAGACACCUGGUGAAUGUUCACACGAAUGAGAACGGGAUGGAGGACCCUGGUGGCAAUGGUGGUGUGGGGCAAAAUGCACUGCCGCUUCAAGAUGAUGAGGUGGAGGACCAUGGUGGCAGAGGGCUGACGUAUGUGGAGGAGCAGUUUGCCCAGCGCAAGACAGCGAUUCGGGAUUACAAGAGGUACCUGAACCCAUUCGAGGGGAAAAUGGAGCUGAUGGCCAGGGACUACUUGAAGGCCUCGAGGAAUGUGGACGAGCAGUUCGCCCAACGCAAGGCAGUGAUGCUGGACUACAUGAUGUACCUGCUGUAUGGUGAGCAUGUCCUUGAGGCGUUUUGGGCAAAUGCUCUUGUCAUGGACACCGGCCACCUGUUCUUCAACAUCCUGGGCAUCUUGAUUUGGUAUCCUUUCCCGCCUAUGCGUCGGCCAAUAAUCGCCGCAGCCUGCACGCUCGGCUUCUAUGCGUCCUACUGGCGCUUGCUGCCGUUGCUCUACAUUCUGGUGAUGUUUUUGGCAGUUCCAGGCCUUGCAUUGGUCAUCUCGCUGCUCUACACAGUCAGUGUGGCAGGUGGAGUUGCCGCGACGAUGUUCGUGUUGGCCGCACUUGCUUCGUUUGAGUACUGGUGGUUCAAGAAAGGCUGCUACAAGGUGGUCAGUAAAGAGCAGCGCCAAGCAAGACUGGCUGAGAUUCAGGAGGAUGAGGAGAAGAGCUCUGGCGAGUCGGCACCAGUCGACCACAUGCAGGGAGGGACGCCUGCAGCAGUGUAA